AUGGUCUCAUUCUUCGGAUGGGGCUUAAGCCCAAAGCCCACCGAGAGCCCUGAAAAGGCCUCAGAAAAGCCCAAUCCGGAACAACCCCAAAGCCCAGAAGACACCCCCACAACGCUCCCAAUGCAAUUACCCCGACCACCAGCGCGCGAAAACACAAACUUGAAACUCCUCUUUGGAGGAAUGACCUUCUUCGCUCUGUCAGUUCUCGUAACAAGACGAGCCUUCAACAAAAAGCGCAUCGCAUGCAUCCCACCUUUCUACACAAGUUCGAUCUACCACCAACCGCACUCAAACUCCGCAAUGGACGCCUUCGAGGCGCUCAAUCUUGCUACGCUAAAUGUACUGUCAUUCGGUAUGAUGGCUGGUGGUGCAGCUGGGUAUGCAUUGAAUAUCAAUAGUCUGGAUGAUAUGCGGAGGUUUGUUAGGGCUGGUUUGCAGGGUGGGAGUGAUACGCCUGUUAAGAGUGAUGAGGAGUUGGAGGCUGAGGUUACUGAGUGGGUUAGUAAAGUGCUCGGUGAUCGCUUUGAGAAGCAGCUUGAGAAGGAGAAGGCGAAGAGGCUGUUGUCGGUUGAGUCGGGGAAUAAGGAGAACUGA